GACAGAGGGGCGGAAAGCAUGAAACAUCAUAGUCUGUUACACUGAAUAUCAGUGUUCAAGCAAAGGCAAAGGCGUAGGCUGGUUUGAGCAUGGGGAGGUGCUGGAGAGACGGUGGAACUAUAAAGUGGUAUGGGGGUGCACAUCUUGGGAAGGUGUAACUAAAGUUUGGAAAGAAGAAAUGGUACAAAUUUUGUUUUGCUUGCCAGUGUCGGAAGUCCUCUUCAGUAUAGCGGGAGGGUGCGCGUGCACCCAGUGCACCCCAGCCUAUACGCCCUUGAAACUUCAUUAGUUUGCUCCACUGAAUGAAUGUUAAAGCAAACGAUUGGUUAAUAGCCAUCGUCGAACAUUAAUCAGUUGAUUGAAACAUGCUGAGAGUAAAAGUGUCAAUCACUGGAAUAAGUUUUUUAAAGGUGUAUAAUGCACUUUUGGAUAUUGAUCUAUGAUGCUGAACUUGAUUGUUGCACCAACACUGCUUUUCACCCCCGGCUUUGAGCACGAUGAAUCAGUGGUUAUCUCAGACUGCAUCAUUGGGUCUCCAAUCGGGCCUGUAAAAGGCCUACGAAUUUCACCAGAUUAAUGACAGUUUCGUACAAAAUUUUCUCCGAUAAUGGCGGAUGCUUCUACAUCUUUAGAGGCAUUGAGCCUCAUCAUAAUCAUGACCUGUGCUAUCAUAGAAAACACAACGGCCAUCGCCAUCAUUCUACGCGUGCGUAUUCUUAGACAGACCCCUCACAACAUGUUAAUCCUGAACCUCUGCGUGGCGGAUCUGGGCGUGGCUCUUUUCAGUAUGACGUUUUCUCUGGUGUCCGUAUUUGACGAUGGACAGUACCUCGAAGAGCAUAAGUUGCUAUGUAAGAUGACGGGUUUCCUGGCAAACUUAUCCACUUUUACUCAUCUUAUGACAAUUGUGGUCAUAGCAAUAGAUCGUGUUCUAAUCGUGACGUCAUUUAAGGCACUCCCAGACAGCCAUGUCAGAGUCUUUAUCAUGGUGGCCACCUCAUGGCUCAUCGGGACAAUGAUCCCACUGGCACCAGCAACAGAACUCUUAUCCAGCAUGAUUUACAUCAGUUCAACCAGGCAUUGCACCAUCAAGUUAAACGCUGUGAAAUUUCGUAUAAUUUUCAUCAUCUUCAUAUUUUUCUUUGUGAUUCCUACGCUUGUAGCCUGCUACUCAUUCGUUGCUUACACCCUUUGGCGAAAGGGCCAAAUGCUAAAGGAAUGCCAGAUGUCUGGUCGAACACGAGGGAAGCGGGCUUGUCGGGUUGGUGCGGUUGAGCCAAGUCAGAACAGUGAAAGCAAACCAAACUCAAGCAAUAGCGUCCCAGAUGAAGACAACGGCAAGAGCUGGGAUCCAUCUGACGUAAUGACUCCUACCGAUGAGGGCGUAUCACAUGAUGAAUCGUCAGGAAUGGCCAUUGACGACGAUGUUCUUGAAAGGCAUCGCGCAGAACGUCCUCACGUCUCGUUUCCAGACGUGCCAGAAGACACAGCAGUAGAACGUGGAAGGGUUGUAUUGUAUAAUCGCAAGGAAAGUCUCACAUCGUCCGUCGCUAGCAGUUCUUGCGUAGCUUCAGGACAGUACAACCAAAAGCAACGGAAUGCCACUGGGAAGCGGACCAAGAAAAGAAAACGAUCGUUGAAAGUAAGAAAGAAGAAAUACUUCAUCCAGAGAAGAGUUUCCAUUAUGGGAGCACUUCUGGUGCUGACGUCGGGAAUCUGCUGGACACCCUAUGUGUUAGUUCGAACCAUAGACCACAGCAUGAAUGAUGCCAUUGGAGUAUUUGCAAUGUGGUUGGCAUAUUGUAUCACGGUCAUAGAUCCUGUCAUAUACGCCUUCAUGAAUCAGCAUGCGAGGAGAGAAAUUAUUAGGUACAAGAACAUACUAUCACGAAAGAUAUCGAAAUGACCACCACACGAUCUUGAUGUCACCAGAAUCAGCGGCUAUCGGGGUGACGUGAUGGGCGAUAUGUGGCAUUAAUGAUUGGUCAAACCAUGGACUACUACAACAUUUGGUCAAACUAACCAUUCAUUUGGUGAAUAUGAUCGUGUCCUACAAAAUUAACGGCAAAAUCAACUCACAUUUGGUAGAUUGUAACAUUGAUUGGGCUAAUAUUAAUUUGGUUGGACAUUCUUUACCAAAAUAUAGGGAUUUUACGAAUAGUUUUAAAGAAUAAAGUUCCUUCUUCAACUAGAUUUUAAUUAUACAGUAAGUUAUGUUGUUUGGAAGCAAAAGCAGUUUGCGAUAUUUGUUUCUUCUGAAUUCGCAUUCAUUCUAAACUCUAAAAAAUAUUGGGUAAAAGUGCUCCAUGGGGGGAAUUCUGUGUCCAACCAACAUUGGGCAUUUCUUUUGGGCAUUUCAUUUAUCCAGUGUGAUGAAAAUGUGGCCCAUUCUAAAGUAAUUGCUGCUUAUUUUUUUUAAACCUUACUGGACAAUAUGCUUCCCGCAUUGGGUAAAAUACUGCCAAAAUUGGUUGAACACAUAAAUUACCCCCGUGGUGGUAAAAAGAUUGCCCAAUAUAUGUUACAGUGUAUACAUAUUUGGAAAUGUUUGCAGCAUUGAUCAAAUCAAAAUGUGUGAGUUGGUAGAGUCCUAAAAGAACGUAAAUGCAAUAUGUUGUUAAGUAUUAUUACAAUUCCUUUUCAAAACUUGAGACGUAUUCUUGACAGUUGACAGUAUUAUCGUUGUAACAAUGAUUAUAUGGGUACUCGAUUGCAGAUUGAUGUCCAUUGAAGGUUGAUGGUUCUUUUAUUUGUUUGGUUAUUAAUGGGUAAGAGCCAUCUUGAAAUUAACUUUCAAAUUUGCUUAAGAAUAGGUUAAUGAGCAUGAUGAUAGGAAAGUAAAACUCAACUGUAUUAUUUCGAACCCUAAGUGGCCUACAUAAAUCGAUUUAGGUAGGUAAUUAGUCAUUGAUAUACCCAUUUUAUCAUCAUAAUCAUAGUAAUGAAUGUGCUGUGACAUGAUGGCUCAGGGCCCGCUGAAAGAACAUCUUACAGCUGAAGCGGCGACCCUGGGUAAAACGUCAUGUUUAUUAUCAUUUAUGUAACCCUAUUUUUAUGAAGAGCGAAGCAAUGUGUUGUGAUAUGAUGGCUCAGGGCCCGCUGGAAGAACAUCUUACAGCUGAAGCGGCGACCCUGGGUAAAACGUCAUGCUUAUUAUCAUUUAUGUAACCCUAUUUUUAUGAAGAGCGAAGCAAUGUGUUGUGAUAUGAUGGCUCAGGGCCCGCUGGAAGAACAUCUUACAGCUGAAGCGGCGACCCUGGGUAAAACGUCAUGUUUAUUAUCAUUUAUGUAACCCUAUUUUUAUGAAAAGCGAAGCAAUAUAAUCAUGAAAUUAAAAAGACUUUGACGUUAACCUAAAUCAUAUUCAUGCAUGAAAAUAAAUUAAAACAUUUACAGUUGCUUAAAA